UCAACUUCCUGUGUCACGGGGUACCUAAGAGACGGAGCAAAAAAAGCGGGCAUACCGAAACCUUAUUGUUUUCUGAGCCUUGAAACUUCUGAAAUCGUAAAUAUUUGACACAUAAAGCCGAACAAUUGCACCUUGCGGUCCUGUGACCCUGUGGGAUUUGUAAUUAGCUCGAAGAAGACUCUCAUUCAUUCGGUAUUCGUAUUCGCAACCUAGCUAGGGUAGCUAAGAAGUACCCACAGUGGUGUGUGGAGCAGCGGGCCUAUUCUUCUGGACUUUGCUACAAGCUAGUUAGCUAAAAUUAGCAAGCUAGCCUAUACGAACACGUUUUUCUUUCUCAGUGAUUCUGUCCAUUACGUUGUGAAUGAGUAGUACGCCUCUAAUGUGUGUGCUAGUUAUUAACUUUUAGUAAGUCUGCUGUCAAAUAGGUUCCUAACUAAGCAAACUUGCCAGAUUUACACCUGUGAAGCAUUUGCAUUUAAAAGUGUUGUUCACUUUGUUGCUAGCUUAAGCUAGCCUCCGCCAACUGAACAACGCAGUCCCUGCGAGCGUAGCAGGCUUCAAUCCAGAGAUGUCGGACUUCGACGAAUUCGAAAGACAGCUAUCAGAAAACCACCAAGCAGAAAGGGACAAAGAGAACCGCCAUCACCGCCGGUCCUCAUCCCGCAGCCGUAGCAGAGAGAGGAAAAGGAGGAGCAGGGACAGGGAUAGACGCAGCAGGGACCGCCGUGGAGACAGCAAGGAGCGGAGACACCGACGCAGCUCACCAUCCAGCUACCCCCAGGACAAAGCUGGAAGCAGCCGUUCUCCCCACCGCGAGAAGAAGAAGAAGGUGAAGAAGUACUGGGAUGUCCCUCCACCUGGUUUUGAACACAUCACUCCCAUGCAGUACAAAGCCAUGCAGGCGGCAGGCCAGAUCCCAGCCACAGCCCUCUUACCAACCAUGACUCCAGACGGCCUGGCUGUUACUCCCACCCCGGUACCAGUAGUGGGCAGUCAGAUGACCCGGCAAGCCCGCCGGCUUUAUGUGGGAAACAUCCCCUUUGGUAUAACAGAGGAAUCAAUGAUGGACUUCUUUAAUGCUCAGAUGCGUUUGGGUGGUCUUACUCAGGCACCUGGAAAUCCUGUUCUUGCAGUACAGAUCAACCAGGAUAAGAAUUUUGCCUUCCUUGAGUUCCGUUCAGUGGAUGAAACGACACAGGCAAUGGCCUUUGAUGGCAUCAUCUUUCAAGGCCAGAGUCUUAAAAUCCGUCGUCCACACGAUUACCAACCACUGCCUGGCAUGAGCGAGAACCCCAGUGUCUAUGUGCCUGGUACACAGCCAUAUAAUGGUGUGGUGUCAACAGUGGUGCCAGACUCUGCUCACAAGCUCUUCAUUGGUGGUUUGCCCAACUACCUGAAUGAUGACCAGGUGAAGGAGCUGCUGACGUCCUUCGGCCCUCUGAAGGCCUUUAACCUGGUGAAAGACAGUGCCACAGGCUUAUCUAAAGGAUACGCCUUUUGUGAAUAUGUUGACGUCAACUUAAACGAUCAGGCUAUUGCUGGACUGAAUGGCAUGCAGCUUGGAGACAAGAAGCUCUUGGUGCAGAGAGCUAGUGUGGGAUCCAAGAAUGCCACUCUGACGAGUAUAAACCAGACCCCAGUGACGCUGCAGGUACCAGGUCUGAACAGCUCCGUGACUCAGAUGGGUGGUCUGCCAACUGAGGUACUGUGUCUGAUGAACAUGGUGGCCCCUGAAGAGCUCUUGGAUGACGAAGAAUAUGAAGAGAUUGUGGAAGAUGUCAGGGAUGAGUGCAGCAAGUAUGGCCAGGUGAAGAGCAUUGAGAUACCUCGCCCUGUGGAUGGCCUGGAAAUUCCUGGAACUGGCAAGAUCUUUGUGGAGUUCACUUCAGUUUUUGAUGCCCAGAAGGCCAUGCAGGGGCUGACAGGAAGGAAGUUUGCCAACAGGGUGGUGGUGACCAAAUACUGCGAUCCAGACGCUUACCACCGCCGGGACUUCUGGUAGAGGGGUGGGCAUGAAGAAAGGAGGGAAGGGAGGGUGGGAAGGGGUCUAUUGUGUACUGCCUGUUUCCAAAUCAGCCCCUGACUUAAUUUGGUGGGAUAACAUUCAGGUAGCUCUGAGAAUAUCAAUCAUUUCACAAAUUCCUUUGGCGAUAUCCAGUUUAUUAUUUGAGAUCUACGUGAUUAUGUCCCACAGUUAAAACAGAUAUUUGUGAUUUGACAAAAAGGAGAAUGGAUAGGGUUUAUAUUAAAAUACAUAACAGGGGGUCUAGGUUUGGGUGCUAGUUGUGUAGCGGGUGGGGAGGGAAGAUUUUUGAAAAAUGUGUGUAAUGAGGUCAGGGUGGGGUCAACAAUUUUUUUUAUACUUUGAGAGACAGGGAUGUCAUUUUGGUGUGGGAGGGGGGGUUGGUGUCACACUUUAAGGUUUGUAUUUAAGUGGAGGUAGCCUGUUUUAAGAACUUUAGAAAGGAGCUGCAGUGGGGAACGUACUGGAUGAUUAUCAUUGAUGGUUAAAACAGGAGUGUGUGUGUGUGAAAGGGAGAUGUGGGGAUGAUGGAGCAGAAGAUGAAGGGCAUUUUACUUUGAUGUAAUGUAGAUACACAGUAGCUGUAACAUCCACCUCAGUUUUGUCAUCUUUAUUUUUUCGGGCUUGAUCAUAUUCUCAUAUUCCUUCAUUUAACUGAGACUGCUGCCCCCCCCCCCCUCCUCUAGCACGGUUGUUGCCUGAUUGGACUCUGAAUGUCAACUGUAAUUGUUCUGAUACUGUGUGUAGCUUCACUGAAAUCACCUUGUAUUCAAGCUGCAAAAUAACACGAACUGCAGAAGCAUUUUCAAUUAUUCUUUUUUCUGUAACUUUUGUCCAUGUUUUUAUUAGUAGCCCUUUCUGAUUUUUUUUAAAUAGUCUCAACAGUUCAGCCCUGAUUCAGUACAACAGGAGAUAAAAGUAAGAUUAUUAGAGGAACAUAGAUUCAUAAUCAAUGAGGGUGUAUCUUUUCCUUACCAACAAGCCUUAAUGUUACAACAUGUCAAUUUGCCUGGGAAAAAGAAUUUGGCUUGCCCCUCUUUCAAUGAUGUCUGUAUGUUCGUACGUGUCACUAUCUUGUACUUCAGCCAGCUCUAAUUUUUCCUUGUUCCCCUUUAGAUCUGGGAUGUAAGAUGUGUUGAAUCCUGUUUUCUUGUGCAACAUCUCACCUCUUUGACAAGACCAAAUAAACAUGUGAUUAAUACUCACGGCUCAUGUUGUACUACAGAAUCAAACUAAAACAACUUGAUCUAUUUUUACCCAACUUGCAGCAAAACUUGUUGGGAAAAAAAAAAAGAAAAUUGGGCUUUGUAGAGACAAAUUAACCUAAUUUAACCACGCAGUAUUUUGCAUUUCACAACUUCAUGCUUCUGUUACUGUUGAGGGGUUUUCAGUAAAUCUGAGGUGUUAUUUUUUGUCAAGAUGUUACAAACUGUCCUUAUAUGUGAAGACAAAAUCUGCAAUUGCCAUCUCCCCAAUCUUCUUCCCUUUAUUUUCUGAGGACCACACGUUCACACUGUACAGGCUUGAGACUGUGCUUUCAUUUGAUUCUUGGGGUUGUUUAAACAGUGCUGAAGAGCGUUUCAGUAAUAACACUUUUUGAAAUACUUUCUGAAAAUCUGCUCUUUCUGUCUGUCAUUAAAUUUUUUUCUGGAAAACAAUGUGAUUUCUUAAAUGAUUUAAACCUAAAAGCCACAUUUAGUUCAUAAAAGCAGAGGCAGUCUUUCAUUUGUCCAAUUUGUUUUCAGAUGUUGAUUAAAAACUGAAUUUACA